CUCAUACCUCGAGCUCAAUCAGUAAGCCCCUAAGUCCUUCACAAUGACCUCAUCUGCUUCCUCUGUCCGCCGAUCCUGCGCCGCAAUUCCAGGAGACGGGCAUGUGAACCUCCAAGGAGACAGUGACAUCCAUCAUGUCCCCCAGUACGAUUUUGAGCGCCUGCUGGAUUCUUCGUGGUCAACCUCGAGCCCUCAUCACCCCGAAGUCAGUUUCCAACCUCAGGUCGACACCAUCAGACAGGUCCGCACCCAGUCCAUGCCCUUCUCCCGCCCAUUCCCAGAUCUGCCGAAGCCACCGGAGGAGAUCGAUAUCGAAGAUCACACGCUCAUAUGUUGUGACUUUAUCUACGACUUCGCGCGAGGCAUCCCUAUGCUCGCUCAAUUAGGUCUACACGAAAUAUCCCUACCGAGCCCAUUCUUCCUCGAUCUCUACGACGUAGGCUACUACGCAGACCGCACCCGCUGGACGGUCAAGUGUUAUGUCGAGCCCGACAAAUAUAAAGACCAGGUCUUUCCGCACCUCACCCUUCUCGCCUAUCAGCCCAAGGAAGGCCGCGAGAAUGCGCUGCUUCACGGGGAGCUGGUGGCGCUAGUGUCGGCGAUGCGCAGCCGUGCGUUCCAGCUGAAGGUCGAUACCGAGGCAGAGCAGGAACUGCUGAUGGACGCCGAUGAGUAUGACGUGCAAGAUCUGAAAUUAUCCUACCCGUAUCUUUUCCCAGAGGAGGAGACGUUCCCUACUCUGCUGAUCUCUGCAGUCGGGCCCCGGAAUGCCCGGAUUAUCUAUGGAUGUAUGGAGGGUCGGCAGUUGGUGGUGCGACAGUCGAGAUUGUAUAGCUUUGCGAGGGGGGAGGAGGCACCGGUGGAGCUUUUUGCGGCGCUGCGGUUGAGUCGUCCUGUGACUCGGUGA